CAUGAUAAACACACCGUGUCGAUGGUUUGAAUUUACAAAAAUAGAUUGUUAUUGUAAUUUUAAAGUAUCAUGAUACCGUUAUCUACGUUUAGUGUUUUGAUUUCCCAUUUCUACUAUUCCUUUAGUCUCGAAGAUUUGGCUAAUUUCUUUAGACAUUGAAUUAGUUGUUUAUAAGUUAUAACUAGGUAUUUAACUUGAUUUGUUCCAAUUUGAAUCUAAUUUUGUUUUUAUGGCCAUGGAACAAGAAUUGCAUGAAACAAAAUUACAACUGAAAAUAAAAAAUGAUUUUAUUCGUGAACUCCAAAAUGAUGUAGUGCAACUACAACACGUCGAAGAUGAAAAUAUUACACUAAAAUCAAAAAUUGCAUCAAAAGAAACAGACCUAAGGCAAUGGGCUAUAAAAGUAAUAAACCUAAAAUAUUUUUUAAUCAAAUUAAAUUAAUCCUAUAUGCAUUUUCCCGAAUUCUCCAAGUUAAGAAGUAUCCAUCAAAAGGACCUGCUUUAGACUAAAUAAAAAAAGAAAUAAUGCAUUAUAGGGUUAGGUUGUAUACCUAAAUUGGGAGUGACUGAUUUGCUGAACUCCUAAACUUGGGCCACGGACUACUUUGUACUCGUUAAAACCAGUUUGAUAUUUUGUUGAAUUAUGGUGGCAGUUUUUAGCAAAUCGGCAAGGUUGAAUUAUCGGUUUUGGGUUUUGAAAAAAAUCUACUGUCCGUGGCCAUAGUUCAGCAAAUUUGACCUACCCACCUAAAUUUACAAAUUUAAAAAUAAGACAAAUAUUUUAAUAUAAAUAUAUUUUAGUAUUCCAAUUUAGAGAUUAAAUUAUUAGAACAACAGAAAGAACAUAAAAUUCAAAUUGAAUCUUUGAAUGAACAAAUAUCUAUUUUAAAAGAAUCAACGAAUAAACCAAAAGAAGAUUUAUCAAUAAAUCUAAAUGACAGCUUUAUUACAGAAUUGAAAAUUAAACUAUAUAACAAAAAGGUAUUUUAAAUGAUAUGUAACAUACAAAAUCUUCAUGUAGAAUGAAUGUGAUGCUCAAAUUUUUAAUUUGAAAUUUGAUUUAGCAAAAAUACAAGGAGUUGCAAAAAAUUAUUGAAAAUCAAAAUAUGGUAAUUUUUGAUUUAGAAAAUAUUAAACAACUAACUAUUAAUGAGCUUGAUAGUUUUAAAAAACAAAAUGCUAUUAAAACACUUCAAUUGAAUGAAUGGAAGCAAAAAUUUGAAGUAAGUUUCAAUAUAAUAUAUUCUCAAUAUAAUUUUUAAGAAAAUAUAAUCUUUAAUGUCUUCAAUGAUUUUUAAAGACUUUGCAAGAAGAAUUUGAACUGCUCAAAUUACAAGUCACUAGUAUAAAUAAUCAAAAUGAACAUAAUAAGCGAGGAAAUUCCUUAUUUGCUGAAGUAGAUGACAAACGGCAAUCAUUGACAACAGAACUCGAAGUGAUAAAAGAACAAUAUGAAUCUCUAAAAAAAUGUUUAUCAAAAGCCAACUACGAUAAUAAUCAAAUGAAGGUUAUAUAAAAUAUGAAACAUUCAAUUGAUUGAUUAGUUUUAAUUUAAAUAUUUAUGUAUAUUUUUAGAUGGAAAUUAUGAAAUUACAAAAACAAUUAUUAGAAACUGAAAAAAAUGAUGAUUUGGAUAAAUCUACACUAAUACAAAGUUAUAAAAAUCGAAUAUUUGUAAGUGCAUAUUAAAAAAAAAUUGAAUUAUAAUGUUUUAAAAAUUUAAAAUAUUGUUUAUAGGACUUAGAAUUUAAAAUUAGAGAAUUAGAUAAACAACCAGAAACACAAUUAUUACAAAUAGAUAAUUUAAGCAAUGAUAGUAUGAAUGUUGUUCUCCAAAUUGUUUCUGAUGUCCAGUAAGUAAAUUAUGACUAUAUCAUAAGUUCUAUACGUUUCUUUUGCUCAAUUAUAUUUUUAUUUUAGAAGAGAAAAAAAAGCACUAGAAGAAGAAAUGAACAGAAGAUCGAUUAGAGAUAUGGAAGCGCGACAACAAUGUUUCAAAGGGGAAUGUGAAAUACGGCAGCUUAAAAAAGAAAUGAGAAGAGAUAAACUACUAAUAAAAGAUUUAGAACAACAAAUUAAUGAGUUGAAUUCUAAAAGUAAUUACAUUUUUAAUAGGUACAAUGUUGAAACAAUGUUUUUAUAUUUUAUUUGAUUUUGUUUGUUUACUGUAUUCAACAAAUUAUAGCCUGGAUGUUUUAAAUAGUGUUCAAAGUUAUAUAUAUAUAUCACCAAUAUUUUAGAGAAAAUAGUAAAAUAUUAAUACUACCUUAAUUUUUAUUUAUAACAUCAUUUUAAAAUAUAACACUUCAAAAUUAUUAGAGGUUGGACAUUGUAUUUUCAUAGAAUACAUUUUUAAAUAUUUUAAAUAUUAUUUUAAUUAACAAGUAUGCUCUAACAUCCAAUUUUGAACACAAUUUUAAUAAUUAACUAAAUUUUAUACAGUGUUUUUUUUUUAUCAUGAACCAACAAUUUUCUUAGAGAAUUUUAAAUAAAUUUGAUUAUUUGUUUUUAUAUUUUAUUUUUUUUUUUUUUUAACAUUGUGGACUGAAAAUUUUGAUAUGCAUAACACUAAUAUCAUAUUUACUGUUUAUGUUUAUAACUGUUUACAUUUUAGACUGGAAGAGUAGGCAAGUUAUCAAUUUAUCAUUUAGAAAUAAUUAUAUAAUUUAUUACCCUUCCCUACUACUCUGAUUUAAACUUCAAACUAUUAUAACUCAAAAUGAUAAAUCCAAGCCUGGAUUAAGACAUUUAGAGGCUUUAAAGCCAAACUUUUCAACAAGACUCUCAUUGAAAAACUAAUAGUAUACAUUUUUAAAAAUGUUUACUAAUCAAUAUGUUUUAACAAAAGAAAAAUAAUAAUUAGUUUAAACAUCAAAAAGGAAUGUUCCUAUUUGAAAAACUAAAGUAUAUACUUAUUUAAGGUGCAUAGAGUAGAGAUAAAAAAUUAAAAAUGGUUUUAAAAUAAAGCUUCAACGAUUCCACAAUGUUAAAAAAAAAAAAAUCAAAUUCAGUUAAAAUCCUAGAAGAAAAUUGUUAGUUCAUGAUAAAAAUAUAUUACCCUGUAUAUAAAAGCUCCGAUCUAAUAUGGUAUCUAUAAUGGUUUAUUAAUUUACCAUAGUAACCAAGUAUAAAAUCCUAAAACUUGUAUAUAAAUAUGUUUUAUACUGUUUAGUGUCUUCAGACAAGGAAAUGAAGAAUGAAAAUAAACAUGUUGCAAAAGGAGUACGUUUUAAUGGCAAUUGUAAGAUUGAUGAUGGCGGUUCUUUGAUAAAACAAAAUAAACAAAUUCCACCUACUGCUGUUUUGAACACAUUUGUUUGUCCAAAGUAUGAAGAAUUAUAAUGUAGCAAUCAUUUAAAAUUAAUUACUUGUAUUACCCAU